AUGACUGCUGCAGCAAAGGCAUGGCAUGGACUGCCGUUCUGGCACGGACGGCUGGGGAGUGGAGAGGUCUGGCCUGCGCCGGCACUGGUGGCCCAAGAGGCCAACGAGGCGCGGCCGGGCUUUAGCAGCUGCUCUGCGGACGAGUACGAGGAUUUGCCUGAGGUCUUGGCAGCCAAGGCCAAGGUGGUUGCUGACCUGUUGAGGAGGAGCCGUUACACGGUGGCCUAUACGGGUGCAGGCAUUUCCACUGCAGCUGGCAUCAAGGACUACGCUUCAAAAGCUCAAAGCAGCAAGGUGAAGCGCCUGGUGACCCACGAGAGUCCGGAGGAGGGGCUAGAGGCGGAGCCCACGACAAGCCACAGAUUCUUCGUGGCCCUCUGGCGGAAGAAGCUCCUCCACCACUGGGUGCAGCAGAAUCACGAUGGCCUACCCCAGAAGGCCGGAUAUCCUCAGCAUGCCUUGAAUGAGAUCCAUGGCUCAUGGUUCGAUCCCUCCAACCCUGUGGUCCACUUCCGCGCCGAGCUGCGCUCCUCCAACUUCGGCUGGCUCCUCGACGCGGAGCUCCGUGCGGAGCUGGUCCUGGCCGUGGGGACCUCGCUGUGCGACACGCCCUCCACAGCGGAUCGUUUGGUAGUGUCAGCCGCAGAACAUGCCCACAGCCUUGGUGCAGUGGUGGUGAGCCUUCAGCGUACACGCCUCGAUCGCCAUGUGCAGCUGAGGGUCUUUGCCGAAGCCGACCACUUCUUCCAGCUCGUCGCCCAGGAACUGGAGAUCCACCUGUGUGAACCAGAGAUUUGUGACGCACCUGCACAGAUUGUGCUCCCCGACUUGGUCUACCUGGCCGCGGGACCCUCCGCUGGGCGGGCCCUGCGCUGGCGACGCAAAGGCUCUAUGCUGGAGUUGGAUGGGGGGCAUCUUAUGGGUGCUUGGUGGCUGAGCUGCCAGGCACAUCCAUGCCCUUUCCCCUUGGCCAACACCAUGAGUCGGCCGAUGCGUGCGCGGCGGGUCAUUGAUGCUGCACGUUUGGUGGAGGCCCCCUUCCUCACCGGCCCACCGGCCGCCUUCCUCAGCGGCCGCUGGCGGGGCGAUGCGCUGCGGCUCGCGGGGCGCGAGGCGCACCCCAGCGCCGAGGCGGAGCGGGCGCAGGACCUCUGUUGGGUUCUUGUAGUGCAAGGGGAAGAGCUUGCAGGCGUCGGCUUCACCACCUGGCCCGCGGCGCACGUGCUGUGCGGCGCCGCCGGGCGGACGUGGCAUCGCCUCGUGGGGCGCGUGGCGGAAGGUGGCACCUUUCAGCUGGAGCUCACCUGGGAAGACGUGGUGGCCUCGCGCCGCCCCUCAGAGCCGCUGAGUGAGCAGCAACGCUGCGGCGGAAGAUUGUGCUGCCAGAUCAAUGGCCGUGUUUGGUGGGAUGACCGACAUGGGCAAUUCCUUUUGGCCGGGCUCUGGCAGGACGAGGAAGGCGUCUCUGGUGCCUUGCUGAUGUCGCAAGAGCCCAACGCCUGCGCUGGACGAUGGGAGGGCAGUUCCAAGCGCUACGUCUUGGCGGUGGACCCCGCGCAAAAGCCUGAAGCCUUCGGCAUGGUCCUUGGUAACAGUGCUGAUGGCCAGUUGAUUCGCGGCUUUUGCGAGGAUGGCAAGGUGAUCCUGCAGCAAAACGAUGCCGAUGGAUCGGUGCAACGGCAAACGUUUCAGCUUCGGCUCCAUGAUGCUGGUGCUUGGCUCGUUGAGAGUAGUGGUGCUACCGUGCAGCAGAUGCAGCCCUAUCAGGAAGUGAAGGAGCUGAAGGAGAUCUUGGGCUGUUACACUCAGUCUUCGGGAGCCCAGUUGCAGCUGAUUGAAGAGGAGGGGAAGGUGAAGCUUCAGAAGGGUGAUCAAGUUCUGGAACCUCCUGGACACCUCGAGCACGGUUGCUUGCGCCGGGGAGCACAGGUAGCACCGCUUUCAGGAGGUACUGGAAGGCUCGAAAGAAGGCGGCACGAGAAGUGCGGCAGAAGAAGCUUCGUGGCAUAUGAGCUGCCGAGAACGCGGAGGGAGGUGCAGGCCGCAUCCGCUGAGUACAAGCGCUCGCACUGCCAGAGGCCAUUCUGCGAUGGCCUUAGGUCCGAGUGCUGGCGCGUUUGCGGCCAUAUCUGGAGCAAGAGGAGAGACUGCUCGGACCUCCGAGUCGGAGGAUGUGCCCUGCCUUCGCAGAGUGAGCAGUACCCAGCUGGAGGUGCGCCACAGCAGGGUGGUUGGCUCGUGCUUCUGGAGCCUCGAGUCUCCUUGUUGGCCUCGGCCACGAACCGCUCCCGGCGGCGGACCAUUGGCGGCUUGGUGGAUGGGCACACCGUGACGGAGGCUUACUUUGCCGGCCGUAGUGAGCCAGAAAAGGAGGGCCAGGAGCCCAGCUCCGGCAGCUCCGAGGAAGCCCACUUUGCCUACUUCCAGCGUUUCAAGACGGAGGGUCCUGCAAAAGUCUUUCAAGAUCUUCCUCCAGAAGAGCAGCGCAAUUACUGCGAGGUCUCCUCGAUGGAACUCACGGCCUUUCAGAACUUUAAGUCUUGGCGACAAGAGAACGAAGACUCUGAUUCGGGCUCGGAUGAGUCCGCCUUCGACCGCUUGUCCGGCGAAGAGAAGCAAAGCUUUGUCGAUGCGGCCGAUGCCGCGCUGGAUGCAGAGGAAGAUCCAGAUGCGGCGCCCGCGGAGGAGGCACCCCACGAGGCGCCGCCACAAGCGGCUGGACCAUCAGAGGCAGAGAGAGCCGCGGCCGUCACCUUGACGAGGAUUUUGAGUGAUGCCGCCCAUCCUCGCAGCUUCGUGGAAUGUGAGGACCAUCCACGUCAGCCGGAGAGUGAGGCCAGUCAGGCAGAGGAUGUCGGAUCUGACCAGGUUGAGGAGAGCCCUGAGGUCAGCAGUGAGAAGGGGCCAGAUACAACGCUUGAAGAUGGAAAUGAAGUCCAAGCGGCGGCGGUGAGUGAAAAGUCCGUCAGGAAGAGGAAGAGAGUGGCCACCAGCUCCAGUUCUCAGUCAAGCUUCCGCAGCGACGACGGGAGGACCACGAGGACCACGAGGACCACGAGGACGAGGGCGAAGGAACCGCCACGAGCGGAGGUGCCACGGCGGAAGGUCACCAAGGGCCCUCCAGUGCGAAGGACCAGUGCUAAGGCAAAGCCAGACAGCAGCUGUGAGACCUUUCAAACUGUGCAGCCCGCCUGCUCCGGAUGCGACUGUCCUGCCCCGAUGAAUGUCCCUGAUGGAGAUUGGUAUUGUGACCUUUGUACCGAGCAGCAACUCCGGCGCUCGCGCUUCCCCUUGCGCCCCGGAGACCGCUGCUGGGCGCCCCGCUGGCGGCGCGACGCGCUAGGCCGGCUGCGGGCCAUCAGGUGGCCUGCGGUGCUGCAGCGAAUCGACAUCGGACAGAUGAAGGCCAAUGCUGCAGAUUGCCAUCUACUCUUCUUGGGUGACGACCAGGAAGAAAUCUGGUGUGCAUCCACCACCGUGCUCCAGUGGCAUGAGCACCACGGCCAUGCUUCAAAUCCUGCCCUUGCAACAGCAGUGCGCCAGGCGAAGGAGCUGGAGAACCUCAGGACACCAGAUCGCAAGCAGGAGAAGAUCCCCUCUGCGAGGACGAGGACUCCGAAGACACCGAUCCAGACGCCUCCCAAGAUGCGGUUGUCGACCGCGGAGAUGGAUGUGGAUGUCGACAAGGAAGUGGCUGUGAUCAAGGCCUUGCUCGAAGAAGCCACAACCCGUCAGAUGCGCCUGGAGAAGCUGACCACACCCGUGAAAGCUCCAAGGGGUAAGGCGAAGGUGGAAACAUGGUCGUCGUUAUCCGAGAACAGACGAGGUGGCUUCGAGUCGCGAACCUUUAGCUUUGACCAGGUCUAUGAUUCUGGCGCCACAGAUGACCAGGUCUUUGCUGGGCUGGAGGAGGAGCUCCGUGCCGCUUUGGAUGGCGAGGCGGUUUGUAUCCUGGCAUAUGGUGCCACAGGGAGUGGUAAGACCCACACGGUGAGCAACCUUGCAGAGCGGGUGGCCUUGACGCUGAGCUGCGAGGCCGAAAUUCUUGAGAAAGAUGGUGUUCAGCUGGAAGUCCUUGUCCAAGUGGUCGAAAUCUACAACGAGCACUUCCGGGAUUUGCUCACGGCAGAGGUGUCUCCAGAGACUCCCAGGUUGAAGAUGUCCUCACCGUCCAGCAGUGCCACAUUGCAGGGCGCCACCCAGCGGCGCAUCACCCGGGAGAAGGACAUGCUGAAGAGUCUCCAGUCGGCGCUCCGCUUCGGCCAAGCACAGCGCGCGACCUGUUCCACCUUGGUGCAUGGACGCUCCUCGAGAUCACACCUGGUGAUGAUGAUGUACUUCUUCACCUGCGAUGACUUAGGCCGCUCCCGUGAACAACGGGGGCGACUGAGCUUGGUGGACUUGGCCGGUAGCGAGCGCAUCAAGUGCUCCGAGGCCACGGGGGACCGUCUGCGAGAGGCUCAACACAUCAACCGCUCCCUGAGCGCUUUGGCCGACGUGGUGGUGGCCAAGGAGAAGGGGGUGCCGCAUGUACCGUAUCGGAACUCCAAGCUGACUCACUUGCUUCAGGACGCCUUGGGUGGCCAACAGAAGAGUCGCACCGUGAUCAUCAUUGCGUUACCACCCACGAGGUCGGCCUUGGGAGAGACAUUACACUCCUUGCAGCUGAGCUCUCGCUUGAACUCCAUUGCGGCCCAGCGAAUCUUCUUGCCAGAGCAGCCUUCAGAGGACGACGCAUGUUUGGCCUUUGCUCGUCAAGAGGCCGAGCGCCUUCGCUUGGAGAAUGCUCGGAUGCGCAGCCAGCUGGAGCAGUUGGAGGAGCACGACCAGGCCCGAGAGUUGGAGCUGCGGGAGUUGCGGGAACAGAUCCAGGCAUGUGUCCAUUCGCAGGUUCGUCCGGGGAUCCAGCAAGUUCAAUGUGGAAGUGCUGAAAAGUGGAGGUCAACGUCACCUCCAAGUCCAGUCCUAGAGGCUGAUUCCUCGGCGGAGAUGAGCCGGGAGAUUGCAGAGCAGGCGACUGUCUUCCUCUUCAGUGGCUUCGAUGGGAUAGGGAUUGACGAUCACCGGGUGUUCGGUCAACCGCGAGAGCUGAUUGCAAAAGACUUUGAAUUGCCCACUUUUGUUGAGGAAAAAGGAUAA